AAGAUAACCUUGAAAUUACGCGAGCAAUGUCAUUUCACAAAACCUACCCAUUUUUCGGCGAGUCACGAGUUGCUUUUUCUUGAGCAUAAAAUAGAACGAAACCAAGCCGGAUUUGUCCAGUCGAUUAAUACGAGAAUGAACUGAGGAUAAGGAUUCUUCAACUCAUCAUAUACAUAAACGUAUAAAAUUAAUUUUGAAAACAAGGCACAUUCUUUAAGUUUCCUUAUCUGCUCUUAAAUAUAAAUAUGAGCUCCACUACGGCAACUGUCGGACCUUCGUCUUCUAAUGAAUUAAAAAAAUCAAAAGUUAAAGUCGCCGUGGUUCAAGCCUCGCCAAUUAUUCUGGACAGAGAAGCGACAAUUGAGAAAGUUGCAAAAAUCUGCAAAGAGAAUGGGUGUUUUGGUGCCGGAGCAGAACUUGUCCUUUUCCCAGAGGCCUUCAUUUCGUGGUACCCUCGCGGAAAUACCUUUGGGGUUGGAAUUUAUGAUGUUACUGACGAGGGAAGGGAUAUUUUCAAGCGUUACUGGGACAGUUCCGUUCAAGUACCAGGAAAUGCGGUUGAUCGUUUGGGACAAAUUGCCAAAGAGAACAAACUCUACCUCGCCAUUGGAGUAAUUGAACGGGAAGAAAACAGUGGAACCCUGUACUGCUCCAUCUUAUUCUUCUCCCCAUCCGGUGCACUGCUAGGAAAGCAUCGUAAACUGAUGCCAACUGCGGGGGAAAAAUUAUGCUGGGGAUACGGUGAUGGGUCGACAAUUCCAGUAUUUGACACGCCCAUUGGGAAAUUUGGGGGCGUUAUUUGCUGGGAGAAUUUCAUGCCCAUGAUAAGAAUGGCAAUGUAUGGGAAAGGGGUGCAAAUCUACCUCGCACCCACAGCCGACUGUUCCGAUGCUUGGUUGCGUUCGAUGCGUCACAUUGCAUUUGAAGGACGAUGUUUUUUGUUAACAUGCAACCAAUUUGUGAAGCGGUCUGACUACAAGGAAGGAGUUGACUAUGGACAAAGUUUUCCUAGUGAAGACCCGAACUAUGUGAUGUGCAGAGGUGGGUCGGCAAUCAUUGGUCCGCGGGGGGAAAUGUUGGCCGGACCAAAUUAUGAAGGGGAGGCUGUACUUUUUGCUGAGCUGGACUUGGGGGAUAUCAUUCGAUCAAGAAUUGAUUUUGAUCCGAUGGGCCAUUACAGUCGUCCUGAUGUGUUUAGUCUGGUGGUGAAUGAGAGGAGAAAUUUGAAUGUUACGUACGUCAACAGUGAGCAACGAGGGGAUGAAACAGGCGAAGGAAAUACAGAUAAUAACAAGGACGGAUUUGGGUUAGGUGCUGAUAAAAGUAAAGCAGUUAAAGACGGGUUGAAAAAUUUGAAGAUUUAAUUCUUGUAAAAUCUCGAUUGCAUUUUGUUCGAGAACAUUAUAAUUAUAAACUUAAAAAUGUCUUAUACUUGGCUGUAUUUCUGGAUAUGAAUUGAUUAAAUAGGUUGUCAUAAAAAUAAAUAAAUUUGAACAAUCUAUUUAAA